GUCGUUCGCACGAGCGCGCGCAUUGUUCAGACGGUUUCGCAGACGCGUUUGAUGGCCCAGUGGAUGAAGCAAGACAUAGCUGAGACACACUGAGCCUUGUUUCUCAGAAGUCGUGAAAGAAUCAAAUUUGACUCGCAUUUUAUGCGUUAAUUAGGCAGAAGGCUAAACGAAAGGCCAAAAUAAAAACAAAACGAAAACAAACAAAAUAAAAGUAAAUAGCUCGUAAGCUACUACAGAAAUUAUUGUCGCUGUCGCGGAUGCUGUGUGUGUGUGGGUGUGUGUGUGUGUGUGCGCCUAUCCUAACAACCGCAUCCCACCCCCUAGGCCAAGCCGGUUCAAAGUGCGUGCGAAUAGUCGACGUUGUCCGGGCAGCGGUCGGGUCGGGGCAACUUGGCCAACAGCAUUUGCCGUAAUUUCGCGUUAAAAUAAACACGCAAAAGCAAAAGCAAAAAAAGAGACUUAAAAAUUUUGCUCAAAGAGCAAAAUACAGCAACAACAACAACAAACAGAGCAGUGCAUAGCAUAAAAUAGAAAAAAAAAAUCAAAUAAGAAUUGAAAUUUAGGCCAAAAGCGGAUUACGAGAAUUGUUGCUGCUAACAGAAACAACAACAACAACAACAACACAAAGGAAAGAUUUUCAUCUCGCAAAGGCUUUCUGCGUGUGCGUGUGCUUGUGCUUGUGUGCGUGUGCGUGUAUAAGUGUGCAAAAUAAAAUUGAAUUGCAAAACAACAACCACACAAAGAGAAAGAAAACAAACAAAAUAGAAAUACAAAUAAAUAAAAUGAAAAGUGAAUGAAAAAUUCAACACAUGAAAGGAAAUACCAAAUAAAAUCGCCUUAAGCAAAUAAACGACAGCAAGCGGUCAGUGAAGCGUGCUGAGAUCCAGAGAUCUCGAUUGAGCAAUUGGAAUCGAGAUUCGCUUUCGUGCUCAUUAGUUGGCUGGGUAAGGCGGGUGCCACGCCUCAACGCAUGAACGCCUCCAAUGUCCAUGGCAAUUAAUUGGCUGCCAAGCAAAACCUGAGCACGAAUUGAUGAACAAAAGUAAAGCAAAUUAAUGAAACUCGCUGCUGCUCUCCCAUGCGUAUAUGUGUAUAUGUGUGUGUGCGUGUGCGUGUGCGUGAGUGUGUGCAUGUGCGAACACAGUGAACGCAGUCAAGCACCGCUGGCAUUUAUACACCCGCACAAAUAAGUCUGCGCUCGCGUGCUGUCAUAAUUUAUCACAAUUGUCAACGUCUGCCAUAAGUGGGCCAGCAGAGUGAAAGAGAACGAAAACUAGAGAGAGAGAGAGAGAGAGAGGGAGAGAGUGCUGAGUGCAAGUGCAUUCAUAGCUUACAAACUGCAGCUGCAAAUCUUUCAACAUUACAACAAAAACAACUCGAACUACACAAAAAUAAAUAAAAACAAAUUCAUCAAAUUCGUCAAAUUCUUCUUCUAUUGUGCUUUUUUUUUUCUUAUGACCUUCUCUCUGUGUGUUUUGGAUAAAAAGUUAAAGUACAAAUCGCUUUGCUUCAUACCCGGAUAAGCCCAUCAAAAAGGAGCUGAGGCCAGAGCCAGAGCCAGAGCCAGAGCCAGAACAGACGAAAUAAACUUUUUCUUUCUGGAUUUCGCAAAGUUCUACGCUAAAACUUGCGAAUUAAGUUCAAGUUUAUGUUCGGACGGCUGCUUUAAGGAACAGCAAUAAUUUUUUUGCCGGCUCAGGGACGUCUCCAAUCCGCCAUGCCAAGAAGGCAAUAAAAGUGCAAAUAAACAUGUAAAAGGACAUUAAGAUUCCCGUGGCAGCAGGACUCGCUUUCGAUUUGAAAGCAGCUGAGGACAAACAAGCAGCGGCUGACUCACAUCUAAAUGCCAUUUGAAUUGUGCCUUUUAUGGGCCAAGUUGAAGACGAUAGCGAACUAAAGGCGCGUUGGCGCUUCAUUAAAGUCAAAAGCGGAAACGGAAAUAGCCAACAACAGCUCAAACAAAACGCGCUCACGCAUACACCCACACAGACUGACUGAGGCAUUUGUCUAUUGGCGCCCAGGCAACCUCAUGUAUUGCCCUAGCUGUUGGUCUAUUCGCUUUUCGUUUCGUUCCUUUGACCCUUUGGAGAAACUGAAGAGCGCGCCAUAAAUGACGAAAAGCUCAUUGGUUCGACUACAGCGAGAUGACUACAAUACAAUUUUUAAUAGCAGCAAGCGACAUGGCAACUGCAACUGCAACAGGAACCACAAAAAUGCGAUUCACAACUUCAGGAAUAGCCACAUUCGCCAAUUGGCAAAAACAACCAGAGCAACAACAACAACAACGACAGCAACUAGAACACAACACACAUCGAAAAUCACGAACGCGAACGGCGCUGUUCACAGGGAAAACGGUUUCAAUUGUCGUUUCGAUGAUGUUUUUGCUGUUGCUACAGCAGCCGACGGCGAUUCGAGCGGAAGAGGAAUCACAGGAUUUUCAAAAGAACAUACCCGCACGCCUGGUUUGGGCCGCUGCCGGCAAGACCGUGGAGCUGCCUUGCGACCUGACGCCACCCACGCCGCAGGACUCGGUGAAGCUGCUACUUUGGUUCAAGGAUACCACUGGCAUACCGUUAUACAGUCUGGACUCGCGGGGCGGCAACGUCAAGCUGGCGCCACAUGCGGCCAUAGCUAGCGAUCUGGGUCAGCGUCUCUUCUUCAGCAUUGGCGAUAAUCCCAAGGAUUCGCGGCUGCAGAUUAAGGACGUUAAGCCCGAGGAUGGCGGCGUCUAUCGCUGCCGCAUCGACUUCUUCAACUCGCCCACGCGCAACUUUCGCCACAAUCUGACGCUCGUUGUGCCGCCUGAGGAGCCGCGCAUCUUUGAUGCUCAGGGCAAGGAAAUCUCUCAAUUGGCUGGGCCAUUUCGUGAGGGUUACGAGCUGUUCCUCUGCUGUCAAGUGAGAGGCGGGCGACCGCCGCCGAAGGUCACCUGGUGGCGCGAUGGCAACGAGCUGAUCGGCACCAGCCACACGUCCGUGGAGGAGGGCGCCACGGUUAUGGUCAACCAGCUGCUGAUUGGCACCACGACGCGGGACUAUUAUGGGGCGCGCAUUGAGUGCCGAGCGCAGGGCACACGCCUGCUGCAGCCCGUCACCAAGGAUGUCACCGUCCAGGUGCACCUGAAGCCCAUUCGCGUCAAGAUCGUAACGCCCAAUGACUUGCUUACGGCGGGCCAUCCGAUUGCCAUACGCUGCGAGUCCUGGGGCUCCUAUCCGGCGGCCAAGAUUGUCUGGCUGCUGGACGGCGAGCCCAUACGCAAUGCCGAGGUGACUCUCAACAACGACAAAGAGGAUGCCAACAUAACAACGAGCAUUCUGACACUGAAGGUAACAGCGGAGAACGACAAUGCGGAGCUGACGUGCCGUGCAUCGAAUCCCUGGUUCUCCGGCGGCGCCAUCGAGGACAAGCGCAUCAUACGGGUGGCAUACCCGCCCACCGUCUCGGUGCACUUGGCCAACGAGGACCCCAGCCGCAUGGUUACCCGAGCCGAGGGCCAGAACGUCACAUUCAAAUGUCGUGCAGAUGCCAGGCCACCUGUCACCAGCUACUCCUGGUUCAAGAACGGCAUGCGUAUGUCUGGCGAGAGCACGGAAAUCAUGCACCUGACGCACCUGGAGCGAGAGAGUGCAGGCGCUUACGCCUGUGGGGCCACGAAUACGGAGGGCGAGACGCGCAGCUCCAGCCUCACGCUGAAAGUGCAGUUCUCGCCGCGCUGUAAGCCGGGCUCGGAGCAGACGUCCAUUGGCGCCAUUAACAUGCACUCCAUACAGGUGAAGUGCGAAGUGGAUGCCGAUCCGCCAGAGUCGGUCAAAUUCAGCUGGACCUACAACAAUACGCGCAAUGUGUCGCCGGUGCUGAACUCCCGGAUACAAUCGAAUGGACUGACCAGCACUGUGACGUAUCUGCCGCAAACCGACUCCGAGCUAAUAACACUGGCUUGCUGGGCCAGCAAUGCGGUGGGCCGGCAGACGGUGCCAUGUCUCGUUCACAUUCUGCCAGCAAAUGCACCAGAGGCGCCAAAGGCCUGCGAACUGCGCAACGAUACCGUCCUCGAGGUGGUCUGUGUGGCCGGCAGCGACGGCGGACUCACCCAAUACUUCAUGCUGGAGGUGGUGGGCGGGGAUUUGCUAUACGCCAGCGAGUCGGCGACGGGCAAGGGCCAGUUCGGCGACACGAAUGGCCAGGUCGACAAUGAGCUGUCCACGCUCAACGAUCAGGCUACAUCUGCACCCAUCUUCCGCAUGCAGGAGAACAGUCCACAAUUUCGUUUGAAUAAUUUAGAGCCGGGACGUGAAUAUCAAUUUUUAGUUUACGCCGUCAACGCAAAAGGACGUAGCGAGCCGCCGGUGGUGAUUGAACGUGUGCGAGUCGCCGCCCAACUGGGACCAUAUGAUGAAUCUAUACUCUCGGAGGAUCCGACGCCCGCGGAAACCACGCAUCAUGUGGGCGGCAGCGGCAGCAGCGGCGGCGGCCCAAGCGGCGUCGGCGCCGGCGCCAGCAUCGGCAACGGCCCAGAGAAGGAGUCGACGCUGCUCAUACUAGCCGCAGUCGUGGCGAUAGGCGCCGUCAUUGUGACGUCAAUUAUCGUGGCCGGCAUUGUAGUUGUCUGCCGGCAUCGGCCGCGGCCACCUGAGCCGCAGGAGGUGCGCAAGAGCAUGCGGCCGGCGCGCAACGAUGUGCCCUCCAUGUACAUUGAGGAGGACGAGCUGAACGAGCUGGAGGAGGGCGGCGGUCGGGCAGCAGAGAUACGCGCCCGCAUCACACCUGCCAGCUCGCACCUGUGCCACGGUGCUGGAGCCAUGAGCGCCCCCAGUGGCGGCAGCGGCGUCGGCGGCGGAAUCGUGGGCGUCGGCGGGCCACACCACUACAUCUCCGAGAGCUUCAUCCAGUACGCGCAGCCCAGUCUAAACGGCGACGUGCUGCUACCUUUGCUUGUUACUGCCAGCCAGCCGACUAGCCGCUACCACCGAGCCGUUGCCCCGCUCACCCACUCGGCCACAAUGUCGGACGUGGUCGUGGCCAUGCCCCAACCGACUGCCGCAAAGCUAUGUGCAACGGCUGCCGAUGCAGCCGCCUGGCCGCCUGAAUGUAUGCAAACUGAAUUUAAUACAACAAAAUCUGUGCACAAAACCUGAAAGGCAAGAACCAUUGCAGAGAAACAAAAACGAUUUUACAACACACAGACACCGACACACACACACACACUUAAUAACUGCAACAGGAGCAACAGAUUGAGCUUUAGCUGGGUCUUAGUCAUGCGGUGCUCCACUCUGCACCAUCUGCACACGACGAUUCAUCAAGACUUAAGUCGAGCAAAAGUCUUCUCAAAUACACUUUUGAGUAUCAGAAUUCAAAUGAAAGCACAAAAACUACUUGAUUUCACAAUCUUUUUGUCACACUUCACACUCAAUUCCACUACAACUUCACUUUUGCAUACUCUAUUCACUGUAGAGAAAGGGGGAUUCGAAUCAUAUGAAUAAAAUUCAUAAACAGCUCAGCAUAGAUUGAAUUAUUACAUCACUCAAAAUUAAAUCAUUCAGAGCACUUGAAACGACUUAUUUUGCAAUCGAAUUUUAAUUCGCACUCAUUACAGGGUAUUUGGCAGUCGUGUUGCAGCUCUUGUGGUGUCAUGUUUUCAAUUCGUCUGUGUCUUUUGUGGAUGACUCUGUCCCUGACAUUUUCUCUUUAUUGUGUAAAUUGUGCUACAAAGCCACAAAUUUCUUUUAAUUGAGGGAAUUUUGGCAAUGGGUGUUGGUAUUCCUGCUGCCCAGAAGGAGUCGUAAUUGCUGCAGCAGUUACGACUCAGAAAUGAAGAGUCUUUUAGCCCUUUACUCUGGUUAAACGUGAUUGCAGUUCAAUGCUCCUGCUCAACGGUAACCAGGCUCUAUAAUAGAUACUUUACCAGCAGUUAAGGCUUGGGCAAAGGCAAUAGGCAAAAUGCAAGAGAAGAGCUCGCCCAGAAUGGCUUUCGAGAGUCAAGUCAUCUCAUAGCUGGUCGGAGGCCAAUGCAAAUGACAACAACAGGAAUAAAGGAAUCAGCCACACAACAAGUGACAGGACAAUGGCGCACUUGCGUCUUAAAUAUUGUUUCUAAAAAGGGCAAACGCAGCAGGCAACUGCAGGACUAACUGUAGAGCCGAUUAGCUCUUCUUUGAGUAGAUUUCGCUCGCCAAGGACAAUGCUGGCAGCAUGCCAGUAAUCGAAUAUCGAAAUGUUUGGCAUUAUUGUGCUCACAGCUAAUAAGGGCUUAAAUGUACAUAUCAUAUUAAUACAGAUUCAGUUUCUAAAAAUGCUUUACAAAAUAUUCAAGAGCUACACUCAAGUCCUAGGAGUUGAUGCGAGAGAAAGCUGAGAGCUUCAUUUAUAUAUAUUUAUAUUUUAUAUAUUCUUUUUAUGUAACAAGAUGUAAGAUUUUGUUAAAACUGGAAUACGAAGCGACUGUUUCCUAUUUUUGCCAUUUUUUUAGUGCUCCUUUCCACUGUGCCUGUGCUUUAUCGACGCAGCUAUGUAGUCGCUGUGUAUUGGUAGCUCUGUGAGUGCGUGUGUGCGUCGACAAAGCCCUUUGGACAUGUUGCAGCAAUACGAGCACACUCACACACACAGACAGAGAUACAUAGACAACUUGCAAAGUUAUAUGCAAAUACUUGCUCAUAUCUAGUGCUCGUAUAUUGCACGCUCGGAGAGUGCAGCAGAAUUUGUUGCUCGUUCUGUAUAUUUUGCGAGCUCUAGUAUACUUUGUUUUUACUUUUGAAUUGCAUAAAUUUCAAUUAUGUAUUGCAAAAGCACUAAAUUAAAAGGCACAAAUGCGCGUGUAUGCACACACACACACACACACGCACACACACACACACGCAUACACAUAACAUGGCAGUAUGUCAACACGGCAAAUGCAAAUAUUAUUUAAUGGGCAGAUGUGACGUAUACGUGAUAUUAUUUUUAAUUUAAUCCGGCCGCCCUUUGGCGCUGUUCUCCUGGCUCGUGCAAAACUCACAAAUUAGCUACAUUUGAUUUUGUCAACGAUUUAAUUUGCUGCUUUUUCAGCUUUCUCUUUAUUAUGUUCGCUUUUCAUGAAUUUUGAUGGUUCGCAGGCCCGACAACUUUUAAUUUAUAGGCGCCCCAGGCAGCCAGCUGCGACAUGCCACGCGGCCUCUCACAUUUGACUGUCAAGCGUAGCGCCCGUAACGCUGCUGCAAGCGUAUUUGUACAGCCCGUCACCCUCGCCCCCGCGUCGCACUCUGACGCAGACAUAAAACAAGUUGACUUGUUCCUGCUUACAAGACACUAACAAGUGCCAAAGUCAGGCUGAAGUGUGCAAAACCUGGGCAAAAA